ACUUCAGGAGACCUCACCAAAAUGCCAUCUCAGAUGGAGCAUGCCAUGGAAACCAUGAUGUUCACAUUUCAUAAAUUUGCCGGGGAUAAAGGCUACUUAACAAAGGAGGACUUCAGAGUGAUCAUGGAGGAGUUCCCGGGAUUUUUGGAAAAUCUAAAAGACCCUCUGGCCUUAGGCAAAAUAAUGAAGGACCUGGACCAGUGCCAAGAUGGCAAAGUGGGCUUCCAGAGCUGCUUUUCCCUAAUCGGGGGCCUCAUCAUUGCAUGCAACGACUAUUUUGUAGUACACAUGAAACAGAAGGGAAAGAAGUAGGCAGAACCGAGUAAUUACUCUGCCCUGA